AUGGGAUGUGUUUUGGAUGCCCAAACGAAUAUUUAUUUACCAAAGGAACUUGCUUCGUUGACGGCUGAUUUUGAAUCAGAUUGUUUUUAUUUUGAUUAUACAACAAAUACACUUAAUUGUAAAUUAUUAACAAAAAAUUUAUAUCGCUCAUAUUUCAAACAACUUUAUCCAAGUAUUAUCAAUGAAUAUGAACUAACUGAUGAUAUGUUAAAUGUUAUAAAAUCUUAUACAGAUAGUAAAACAAAUGAAUGUUAUAUGAAAACAAAUUUAAAUUUAUUAAGUGCUAAUUUAAAUGAUAUUGAUUGGAUUUAUGUUAAUAGAUUACGUUCAUUAAUACGAGGUUUAAUUCAAUCAAAUAUUAAAUAUAUUUAUUAUCGAGGUUUAACAUUAACUGAUACAGAAAUUCAAUAUUAUCUAGAUAAAAGAAAUGAAUAUUAUUAUACAAAUUCAUUUACAUCAUUUACAAUUGAUCGUUUACUUAUUUAUUCUGGUAAUGCUAUAUUAAUAUUAAGAACAGAUACUUGUAAUGAAAAAGCAAAAAUUAAUCUAGCAAAUAUAUGGAAAUGGAGUACAUUUAUUGAUGAAAAAGAAGCAUUGUUAGCUGUUGGAACAAAAUUAAAAAUUUUAAGUGUACAUUAUUUUGGUUGUAAAUGGGAAAUUGAAGUUGAAUUAGCAGAAGAUGAUAUAGAGCAAGAUGAAGAUAAAACUUAG